CCCUGGGCGCAGCUUGCUGUUGUCAGUAACUGGAGGCCGCGGGUUCGGGUCCGAGCUUCUGCGGCUGCGGCGGCCGGGAGUACCCCCUGCCCGCUCCCCACCUCCUUUGCCCUUGUUCUGGAAAUCACAAGCUAGAAGUUUCUCGCCCUCCAGCUGGACCAGAAAUCCAAUUUUCUUCAGGUGGAAGGAGAUGCUGUUUACUCAUUCAUCGCUCACAAGGCUGAAAGAUCAGCUGCCUUUCUGAAUCAGACGAUAACUUUGUCAUUCUUUUCCGACUGAAAACCAUGACUCAUCAGUUGGUGCUGUAGGAGCUGGAUGACUUAAACGCCAGGCUGUUGUUCCGAACAGCCAGGUACAGGAUUGGAUUCAGGCCACAGAGUGGAGGCUGCUGGGAAUGCCUGAGAAGUCUCUAAGGAGAGGAGGUUGCUGUUUACUCAGAUGGAGUGUUUUAAAGUGGUGAAGCCGGUCACCCAUUUCUUCUCUUGAUGUGUCAUGUGGUUUUCCCUGGGAGCCGCUGCCUGAGUGGAAAUGCUGUCAGUGGUGGAGAAUGGAGUGGACCCCCGGGAUGCCAUCGCGGUCAUCAAGAAGAAGCUAGUGGGAUCCAUGAAGGCAUUGCAGAAGCAGUAUGCAUCCUCGGACACAGUGGUCACCAGUGAAGACGGAGAUGCCAACACCCUGUGCAGCGCCCUGGAGGCCGUGUUUAUCCACGGCCUGCACGCCAAGCACAUCCGAGCGGAGGCCGGGGGGAAAAGGAAGAAGAGUGCCUACCAGAAGCCGCUGCCUCAGCCUGUCUUCUGGCCCCUCCUGAAGGCCAUCACCCACAAGCACACCAUCUCGGACGUGGAGCACCUGGCCUUCGUCAGCACGGACGUGGGCCGCUGCCGGGCCUGGCUGCGGCUGGCCCUCAACGACGGCCUGAUGGAGUGCUACCUGAAGCUGCUGCUGCAGGAGCCGGCCCGCCUGUGCGAGUACUACCAGCCCUCCGCCCUGCUCCGAGACCCCGAGGAGAGCGAGUUCCUCCUCAGCUUCCUGCAGGGACUCACAUCCUUGUCCUUCGAGCUCUCCUACAAGUCCUCCAUCCUGAACGAGUGGACGCUCACCCCGCUGGCCCUCUCUGGGCUUUGCCCAUUCUCUGAGCUCGACCCUGUCACUACCUCGGGGACAGAACUACAGCGGAAGGAGUCUCUGGAUUCCAUCUCCCACUCCUCAGGCUCAGAGGACAUCGAAGUCCAGCACUCGGGCCAUAAGAUCCAGCGGCACAGGCAGCUCACUGCCUCCUCCCUCAGCCUGGACACGGCCAGUUCGUCCCAGCUGUCCUGCAGCCUCAACUCCGAUAGCCUCCUACUCCCGGAGAAUGGCUCCAAGAGUCCAGAUCACUCCGAGGAGCCCAUGUCCUACGACUCGGACCUGGGGACAGCCAAUGCCGAUGAUUCAGACCCGUCUCUGCACGAGGUGUUGUCUGAAUUCAACAAAGCCCAGGUAAACUCUGUGCCAACCAACGGACUGAGCCGAGAAACGGAGAUUCCCACACUACAGGCCUCACUCUCCCUCCACGGCCUCUGCCUCGACACCAGCACACACCUGCACGUUGAGGCGCCUGCAGAGCCCCUCCCUGCCCAAGCAGCCUCUGGGGCUGCAGAUGGUGGCCACAAGCAGGAACCGCUUUCCCUGGCACCUGGCAUCCCGGGCUUGCAGCAUCUGGGCACUGCCCAAGCUGUCCCCUGGAGGAGCGCUUCAGACCAGCAGCCUUCUAGUCCUGUGAGAGCAGUCGGCCAAGGGGAUGGCCAGCAGAGGCCCUCGGUGGAUGACGGAGCUGGGCGGAGCCUCAUGGUUUCCUCACCCACCAGUCCGAAAAGCAGGAGCUGGAUCUCGGAAGAUGACUUCUACCGGCCUCCCCAGGAACCACCUCCAGAGAGUCCUUCAGACGGCUCCGUAGCUUCUCCCAGAGGGACUCCAGAGUCCAGGCCGUGUCUUCUCAGGCAUUUCUCUCAAGGACCCAGAAAAAGCUCCUCCAUGGGGGCCUUAGACAAAGCUUGUGUGCCUUCUCCAGGAAGCAGGAAAAGCCCGGCAGCCACCACGCAGGAGCAUAAGAACUUCAGGGUGGUGCAUCGCAGGCAGAUGGGACUGUCCAACCCGUUCCGGGGUCUCAUGAAGCUGGGCACCGUGGAGCGGCGGGGGGCGAUGGGCAUCUGGAAGGAGCUCUUCUGCGAGCUCUCCCCGCUAGAGUUCCGCCUCUACCUGAGCGGCGAGGAGCGCACCUGCGUGGACAACUGCUCGCUGCUGCGCUGUGAGUCCGUGGGGCCGGCCCACAGCGACGGCCGCUUCGAGCUGGUCUUCUCCGGCAAGAAGCUGACCCUGCGCGCCUCCUCCCAGGACGAGGCCGAGGACUGGCUGGACCGGGUGCGGGAGGCCCUGCAGAAGUGCCGGCCCCAGCAGGAGGAGGAGUGGGUGAACAUCCAGUACCCGGAGCAGCCCAGCGACCUGCCCGAAGGCCCCCCGGGCGGCCCCCCCUCCCACUCGGACCCCACGGAGCCCGCAUCCCUCCCGGGCACGCGGUGGGACUGGUCCUCCGCCCACGUCCCCGAGCCGGACGCUAUUAAAGAAUCCCUCCUGUACCUGCACACGGAGAGGACCUGGACGCCCUGUAUCUUCUCCCUGUCCUUGGAGGCCCUGAAGUGCUUCCGCGUGAAAAACGACGAGAAGAUGCUAAGUGACAGCCAUGGGGUGGAGACCAUCCGAGACAUCCUGCCGGACACCAGCCUCGGGGGCCCGUGCUUCUUCAAAAUCGUCACGGCCAAGGCCAUCCUGAAGCUGCAGGCCGGCAGCGCCGAGGAGGCCGCCCUGUGGAGGGACCUGGUGCGCAAGGUGCUGGCGUCCUACCUGGAGACCGCGGAGGAGGCCGUGACCCUGGGCGGCAGUCUGGACGAGAACUGCCAGGAGGUGCUGAGGUUCGCCACCGGGGAGCACGGCUUCCUGCUGCAGUACCUGGUGGCCAUCCCCACCGAGAAGGGCCUCGACUCCCAGGGCUGCUUCUGUGCAGGCUGCUCCCGGCAGAUCGGCUUCUCAUUUGUACGACCCAAGCUCUGUGCCUUCUCUGGCCUCUAUUACUGUGACAUCUGCCACCAAGACGAUGCUUCAGUGAUUCCGGCCAGGAUCAUCCACAACUGGGACCUCACCAAGCGCCCGAUCUGCCGGCAGGCCCUGAAGUUCCUGAUGAAGAUCCGGGCCCAACCCCUCAUCAACCUGCAGCUGGUGAACCCAUCGCUGUACGAACACGAGGAGCGGAUGCGCCUCAUCGGGAGGAGCCGGGAGCAGCUGAAGCUUCUGGGGGAUUACCUGGGCCUGUGCCGAAGUGGGGCCCUGAAGGAGCUCAGCAAGAGGCUCAGCCACAGGAAUUAUCUCUUGGAGUCUCCCCACAAGUACAGUGUCGCUGACCUCCAGCAGAUCUCGGAGGGAGUGUAUGAAGGAUUCCUCAAGGCCCUGAUCGAGUUUGCCUCCCAGCAUGUCUACCACUGUGACCUGUGCACCCAGCGUGGCUUCAUCUGCCAGAUCUGCCACCACCAUGACAUCAUCUUCCCCUUUGAGUUUGACACCACUGUCAGGUGUGGCGAGUGCAAGACCGUCUUCCACCAGAGCUGCCAGGCCGUGGUGAAGGGCUGCCCCCGCUGUGCCCGCCGGCGCAAGUACCACGAACAGAACGCUCUCACCUAACCCGGUCUCCUCACCCCCCCAAAGGCCUCGGGGUGAGGGUUCAGCUCAGCCAUGCAGCUGGGUUUGCCAUCAGCCCCGGCCACUCUCUCAAGGUGUCACAGCUGUCUCCCUCGUCAGGAAGACUCUCAGAUGUGACCGGAGCAUGAGCGCUCCAGAGGGAGCCCUUGAUGAUUGGUGCCCCCCUCAUCUGCUCCAGGAGGUGGGACACCGGCAGACGCCCCCUGUCCGGGGUGCUGGGGUGGGGGGACUUUGCACUCAUCAGGCUCCAGCUCACCUCACUGACAUGGCACCCCCAUCAGGGCUGUUCACACACUGUGGAAAUAAGACUUGGGGCGCAUUUUCAAAUCCACAUUCCUGAGUAAAAGGUCUAGUUUUUUAAGGUGGGUUUUCCCCUUCCCAUUUCAAUAGAAAAUAUUUUUUUAUUCUUAACCCUAUACAAGUCACCCAGGAAAUCCAGGCGUUCUCACCACGAGCAAACGGGCAGGUGCCGCCCCGGCCUGGUCUGCAGACAGGCGGGCGGUUGGGCAUCCCUGGGGCAGAGCCCGCCAGCUGCCUUGCCUUCACCCUCCCCAGACGCUUGCUGCCAACAGCUCAAGUGCAAUGUGCCAAACCGCCCAUGGGGCCAGGCGGGGUCGGUCCUGAUGCCACCUUCUCCCUCUCCCUCUCCUUACUCCCUGCCCCCUGCUCCCCACCUGGAAAGCCCAUCUUUCUCUGUGUUCGAGCCCCCCGGCUCUUCUGUAGCCUGGAUCCUGGUCCCUGCAGGAGAAGGGGAAUGACUCCACACCAGCACUGUCAGCACUUUGCAUCUUCCUUGGGCCAGGGAAGGGCCCACCCCUCAGCCCCAUGCCCUCCUCACUCCUGCCCCACACUGGGACACUCUCAGGGGUCCCACCCCUGCCUGCCUGACCCCUGCUGGGACAGGUAGUCUGGGCUCACAGAGAGGGCAGCGUGCCCAGGCCGGGGGCCGGCCUUGGCACACACUGGAACAGUGACCCGUCCUUCACGAAGCGUGCCAGCCCUGCUGCUGAGAUGUGUGGGGCCAGCGGGGGAAGGUCCAUGGAGUCACACAAAGCCAUGCAGUCACACAGCUUUGCUGGACUGGCCCAGGAGGGGCGCCGCUGGAGACUGGGAAAUUUCAUUGAAACACCAUUGCCAUUUGAAGGGGUGUUGGCAUUGUUUUCAAAUGAUAUUUAGACCCUUGAGGUUUGGGGGAAUCUGGGUGUGGUUUCUCUGCUGCAUCCUCCCCUCCCCUCCUGAAUCCAGCAAGCACCCCCUCAGCCCUGGAGCCCUCUGGUCAUCUCUGUACUCAACUUGAGAUUGGGGGCCUCAUGUGAAGGUCCACCUGUCCUGUCAGGAGAUGAGCCUACUCCCACUUCUCCCUUGGGGUGAUCUGGCUGCUGAGUCACCAGUCUAGCCCUGUGGAGCCGGAUAAAUUGUGCAAUAGAACAGAGGAGGUGCUAGGCAGGUGGGGGAGGGGCUGCCACACAGCCUCUGUCCCUUCUCGUAAGAUGGUGCACACCUGUGCAGCACACCAAAGCCUCCAGAACCAGAAAUGGAUCCUUAUCCUCACCCCACCCUCACAGAGCAUUUAUGCAAGCACAGCCUGAUGGGAGCCCCAGCUGCCCCGACCCCUGAGUGGGCAGGAGCCCAGCCCGGGAUGAGCAGUGUGGCCCUGGCCUGGGCCUGUGAGUAUAUUCUAUAUCCCACGAGGUGCCCUAGGAGGUGGCAGCAGUGAGACCCUGGAGGCGCUCACUUCAGUCCGCUCCACCCCUGCGCUCCCGGAGGUUGGUAGCAUUAAAGCUGAUGCUCUCCCCAUCCCCAAAAGCUGCUGAUGCUUUCAGAUGAGCUGAGUUACACCUCCUCACCUCCGAUGGAAAGCUGAUGUGAGCCCCAGUAGUGUCCACACUAUUUAAAGUGUCACUUUAUGCAAUAAACUUGGCAGUAUGGGGCCCCGGUCCUGAGACGUGCUUUGCAAUGUACUGAAGGAACUGCUGCUGUGUGUUGUUUGAAUGAUUUUGCAGUAAAGAUCUGAUAUUUCUAA